GAUGAUUGAUUGACAGGGAACAGGGGGCUCAUGGGAUACCUGAUGAUUGAUUGACAGGGGGCUCAUGGGAUACCUGAUGAUUGAUUGACAGGAGGCUCAUGGGAUACCUGAUGUGUGUUUCCAGGCUCAGUCUGUGCUGUCUGUUGCCAUGACGUCACCGAGGGAGAAGGUCAAGAAGAAGCCCCCUAAAGACAGUCUGACCCUACUGCCCUGCUUCUACUUCGUGGAGCUGCCCAUUGUGGCGUCCUCCAUGGUGUCGCUGUACUUCCUGGAGCUGACGGACGUGCUGCAGCCGGCACAGGUGGGGUUCCGUUGCCAUGACCGCUCGCUCAGCAUGCCGUAUGUGGACAGCGGGGACGAGCUCAUCCCACUACUCAUGCUUCUGAGCCUCGCCUUCGCUGGGCCCGCCGCGUCGAUAAUGAUGGGGGAGGGGCUUAUCUACUGCAUGCAGUCGCGCUUGAGGAUCCGCCCCGGUAACGAAGGAAGCAUCAACGCUGGCGGCUGCAACUUCAACUCCUUCCUGCGUCGCACCGUCCGCUUCGUGGGAGUGCAUGUCUUUGGGCUAUGUGCCACUGCCCUGGUCACUGAUGUCAUCCAGCUGGCCACAGGCUACCACACGCCGUUCUUCCUGACCGUGUGCCGGCCCAACUACACGCUGCCUGGAGUCGCCUGCGACAAAAACCCCUACAUCACCAAGGACAUCUGCUCAGGACUGGACCAGCACGCCAUCCUGUCUGCCCGGAAAACCUUCCCUUCCCAGCAUGCAACACUCUCGGCCUUCGCUGCUGUAUACAUAUCGAUGUACUUUAACUCCACCAUCUCGGACAGCACCAAGCUGCUGAAGCCGGUUCUGGUGUUUGCGUUCACCAUCGCCGCUGCUCUCUCAGGGCUGACCCAGGUCACUCAGUACAGGAGCCACCCUGUGGACGUCUAUGCCGGCUUCUGCAUCGGAGCGGGCAUCGCCAUGUACCUGGCCUUCCAUGCUGUGUCCAACUUCAACCCCUCGGAGGGCCCGUGCCCCGGCCCCCCUCCCCCCCAGAAGGACGCUCUGCGUGAGCUGGCCCAGCGUGGACACGACUCCGUGUACCAGAAGGGCCACGCGUCGGAGAGCAACGAGGAGAUCACGUCGCCGGGCCUGCCGGCGCUGGUGGGCGUGUCCGACGGGCUGAACCGGCCAAUGCAGCGCGAGAAGGCGUCGCUCAGCAGCCUGAAGCGCGCCAGCGUCAACGUGGAGCUCCUGGUGCCCCGCAGCCCCAUGGGAAAGGAAACCAUGGUGACCUUCAGCAACACGCUGCCACGGCCGGCCGCCACACACAACCCUGCGGCCGUCGGGCCAGACGACGCGGCGCCACAGCGGACGCAGCAGCAGCGCAGGCUAGUGACCGUGCCCGUUCAGCUGCCCAUGGACGCGCGCCACUCCCAGCAGCUGGUGUCCGAGUGGAAGCAAAAGUCCAUGGAGAUGCGCGGCAUGACGCUGCGGCAGCAGGAGGCGCAGGAGGAGGAGGAGGAGGAGGAGGAGGAGGAGGAGGAGGAGGAGGAGGAGGAGGACGGGAGCGACGAAGGCUCGGACGAGACCACCCCCACGGAGGAGGACACGGCCACGUCUGCGCUCUACCCGCCGCUGGACACGGCCGUGCGUCCAGCCAACCCUCCGGUGGGGGCGAGGGUGGUACUGCCCCCCCGGCCACCUGUGGCCCCCCAGCCCCCGCGCCUGCCGCACCCCCACCUGCCCGGCGAGAUGCCCGUGCGCCCCCCUCCCCCGCCCGUCUCGCCCAAGAGCGCCAGCACGCGCGCCAAGUGGCUGUCCCUGACGGAGAAGAGUGGGGCGCCGGUGCGAGCACCUGGUCAGCCGCGCCUCAUGCAGGUCAUCGCCAUGUCCAAGCAGCAGGGGCUGCUCUCAGGCUCCGCCCCCGCGUCCCCGCGCUCCUCCGAGACCGCCUCCUCAUCCUCCGUCACCUCCUCGUCCACCGCCGGCACCGACUCCCCCUACCGCCCCCCCGCCCAGCGAGAGCCCUCCGCCAUCGUCACCGUGGACGCACACGCACCCCACCACCCCGUGGUCCAGCCCCCCGGCAACACCAACCCCUGGGAGUGGAGAGGGAACGUAGGGAACGCGGGGAACGCCGUCGCUGGUUCCCGGGAAUCUUACGAGCUCAACGAGCUCCAGCGCGGCUAUCGGGUGAGUAAGGCCGGCUCGGUGUCCGGCGAGCAGCGGCAGGACGUCCCACCGCUGCCCCCGCAGGAAGUGGACGCGCGUAGCCGGGAGAGUCUGCGCCGCAAGACUCCGCUGGUGCUGCUGGACCAGAGUGGACACGGGCUCCCUGAACAGGACUACUACAGGAAGCACUCCACAGGACACAGGUACAAGGAGUGACCGGGACUUAGCAAGAGACGUUUACAUUUACACACACACACACACACUUAUACACACACAUACACACACAUAUAUACACACAUACACACAUAUAUACACACACAUACACACACAUAUAUACACACAUACACACAUAUAGACACACAC